CACUAAUUAUUGUCAGCGGCUGGGAGUGAUAUGGACUCGCAGAGAAAUGCAACGUCCUGCCCUUCUACAUCUUGAAUAGUGGGAGUCAUGAACCGCUGCAAGGUGACGCGUCCCCUGAUUUCAACCGAAACUUCAACCUAGACAAGCCGUGUUGUUUAUCACCGUGUUAACCUCCCGUCAAACGGCAACAGCUCUUAUCAAAGACCGGGACAGGGACCAUCUUGCGCAGUGUUACGGCGGACAGAGCAAGCGGUGGCGGCGGCGGUGGUCACUCCGGGGAAUGUCGACUGGCCGUCAGUCUUGACAUCGGCCUCUUCUGAUCUCACACGCCAGGUCCAUGUGUGGUCAGUGACGCCUGGAGAGCAGCAUGGAAAAGUGUCAGUUGAGCGCCUGGUUGAGAUGAGUGUCGCCUGUACACCAUGUGAGCUCAACUGACCGACCGCUUUCCCCACACCAGACCUCAACCGCAAUCACCAGCCAAUCAAAUGCACCCAGACAAUAAACUGGCCAAUCAUGGCAAGCAGGUCACCAGUGACAGCCGAUCCCAGAUCCCCAGUGUGAACCAGCAGGCCCAGCAGCAGCAGCAGCAGGGAGCUGCUGGCCACUUGGGCCCAAAGGGCGUCAGCGCCGGGAGCCAUGGAGUCAAAAGCAACCAGAUUUCCCCCGGCAACCCUGGGCUGAAGGCAGUCAGCCAAUCAGUAAGCAGCGUCGGAGGGAUGUUGAAAACCAAAUCCAAGCGGGAGCGGAGCGUCUCCAUCGACUCUGGUGAUUCCCGAAAUGCAGUUCCCCCGGCCCUCGAGACGGAUGCCAAAGGGGAGGGUGUGAUGCGCAGUAAGCGGCGCUGUGUUCUGGAGAAGAAGCAGCCGUAUAGUGGAGAUGAAUGGUGCUCUGGACCCGACACAGAAGAAGAUGAAGACAAGCCACACACUGCGACCCACCGAGAGCGUGGGCUGGCAGGUCCUCCCCCAGGGCUUCCUGACCGCCUGUCUGCAGAGCCCAUAGCUGAAGCUGCACGGCCUGUUAUGGGAUGUGGAGUGGGACCCGGGCUUAAGACCGAGCCAACUCAGCCUUCGCAGCAAGUGGUGUAUGUUUUCACAACCAACCUAGCCAACAGUGCUGCAGAGGCAGUUUUCAAAGGACAGAGCGAUUCCAUCCUUCUGUUUCACCAGCAAAAUGUUUCACGCACCAAGUUGGAGCAGGGCCACCCAUCAGGGAAGCUUCCUAACCUAUCUGAGAAGGUAAACUCCAGCAGCUCCCCACCCACAGGCACCCCUAAAUCCCAAGGUGGAACUCCCCGGCCAGCCUCCGCAGGGAUUGGAGGCCCGAUGCAUCCUGCGGGGACGCCGACAUCAGCAGGACACUCCGACAAUGAAUCCUCUCAAACCAGACCUGGAGAAGGCUCCAGCAUUAACAGCAUCCAAAGGUCAGAGGGCGGGGGCACGGGCACACCCUCAGGCCCAGUACCAGGAACCGGCGAUGGGGAGGGUACAGGAGGUCUGUCUCUUCCACUUGCUACUGUUUCCCCCUCCAGAAGUCCCUCCAUCCUUUCUGCACACCUACAGGGGGAUAUUGGCCAGAGGAGUGGCCCAGCGAACAUGGAUGGUCUUUCAAAACAGCAGCUGGAGCACAGGGAGCGCUCUCUGCAGACGCUGAGAGACAUAGAGAGACUGCUUCUGCGCAGUGGGGCAGGUGGAGGCCCCGGAGACGCAGGAGGCCCCAACAACAAUGCUGGUAAUAACUCUUCCAACCUAAAUAACAACAACAACGCAGAUAGGAGUGGAAUUCUCGAGGACAAUGGUACCAACAGCUCUGGAAACUGCAGUAGUGGUAAUAUGAUGGGAGGGAUGAAGAAAUAUGAAGAACCCCUCCAGUCCAUCAUUUCUCAAACACAGACCCUUGCUGGACCCACCCUAGACAACCCUCAAAUGGACCCUCACCACAACCUACAGCAACACCCCCAUCACCAGCUGUCUUCACCUGGGAUCGACAUGGGUCCCUUACUCGGACCAGAAGGGCUGACCCCCGAGCAGAUAGCGUGGAGGAAACUUCAGGAAGAAUACUACCAAGAGAAGAGGCGUCAACAGGAAGUACAACCCCCCACACAUCCGCAGCACUUUAGAAUGAUGAACGACAUUGGCAUGCAUGGAGGUCCCAUGAUGAUGAGGGGACCCCCUCCUCCCUACCACAGCAAGCCUGGAGACCAGCAGUGGGGUCCUGGCAACAUGAUGGGUGGAGGAAAUGCACGAAUGAUAGACAUGCACCAAGAGGGACCCCGUGGCCCAAGGUUCCUGGGACAGAUGCAGAGAGGGCCCCCUGGGGGAGGUGGUUUUCCGGGUAGUAAAGGCGUGGUUUUGUCAGUAGAGGGUCUAGGACCUCAAAGACCCGCCAGGCCAGGGAUGAUUUGGCUUGAAGAUAUGCCCAACAACAUAGGUGGUGGAGGUCCGUUUCAGGGCUGCUACCCUGGGGGGCCUCCUCAACACUUGCAAGGGGACGCAGAGCAACUGUUAACGCACGAGGAGAUGUUUCGCCUGAUGGAGAAGCGUCAAAUGCAGGGGCUCCCCCGGUUUGAACUUGAGAGGCUAAUCAAACAGCAGCAGCAGGGCAACCUGGCCUCAAGAAUCAUGGACAAUCAUGGGGGCCCAGACUUUCACAAUUUGGGAAUGGGCCGGGGUCCACCCCCCACUCGAGGUGAUCCCAUGGACUUUCCUGGAUCACGGGAGAUUAUGGGCUCUCCUGGAGGGGGACCGCAGAUGAGAGACCUGGUGGAUUCUCCUCUUGGGGGCAACCUCCCAAUGCACAUGAACCCACAGAUGAAUGUUCAGCAGCAACAGCAGAUAAUGCUCUCUCAGAAGCUCAGAGGGGGUCCUGCAGGUGGGGGGACUUUAGGUGAGAUGUUCAGCCCUGGAGAGCUUUCACGAAUCAGGGCUUCACAGAACGGAAGAGGGGGGAACAAGGGAAUGAUUCCAGGACCUGACGGGCCCUUUCAGUUUCCCAAUCAUAGCCCCUUCUCUGGAGGUCAGGUGGACGGGCCUUAUCUUCAACAACCGGGCCCUGAGAUGUUUGGGCCUGACCCACAAGGUCACAAUCAAAUGGGAGGUACAUCGCGGCUCAGUCACAUGCCCAUGACUGGAGGCCACAGGGGGGUAGACCUCGGUCCUAGGCACCCUUCUGACCUAUCAAUCAAUAUCAACCCCCUGACCUCUCCUUCAGUGCCUCGUCCCCAUCAGAUCAAGUCUCCAUCCCUCCACCAAGAGCCCUCUCCUCUCCUACCCUCCCCCUCCGCUCCAGGACUGAAGUCCCCCUCGCAGAUCUCUGUGGGGCAUCAUCCGACUCUUCCCCCUGCGUCUGGUGCUGGGACUCCUUCCUCUUCUUCCAUGAAGUCUCCCCAGAUAAUGGGGUCUUCCAACCUCGGGUUGCACUCUCCAUCUGCCUCUCCUGGACAUCUUAAGUCCCCUGCUAUGGCUGUGGGCUCUCCAGGGUGGGCGUCCCCUAAAACGGCUCUUCCAAGUCCAGGUGGUCCGACCGGUGGGAAGGUAGUGGGCAACGGAGGAAGUAGUUCCACUGAGACAGGUCAAUCACUUCCUCCCAGGAGCUCCAACUCUACACCCAUUAGCCAGCCAGGCUCUAUGAAUCCCAGCAUACCAUUUACUUCCUCUCCCGAUAACCCCCCAACUCAGAAUCCUUUAUCUCUUAUCAUGUCUCAGAUGUCCAAGUAUGCCAUGCCCAGUUCUACUCCUCUUUACCACGAUGCGAUCAAAACAAUUGCCACUUCCGAUGACGAGAUGCUUCCAGAUCGACCUCUCUUAUCUGGUGUCAGCAUUGGAGGAAACAUGGGGAACAGCCAGACCUCCCAGAUGCUUGCCUCCCAGUGCUCCAUUGGCUCCCACAGUGAUCCACAAAGCCCCAUGGGUAUUGUAAGCCAAGGUCAGCAACACCUGUCCCAUGAUGCCUCCGGACCCAUGCUUUCCUCCCCAAAUCCAAUGGGCAUGCCUGCCAUGAAUUCAGCCAUGAUGGGAGGAGGGGCCCCUGAUGGAAUGGGGCCCUGCAAUGUUUCACCUUUAUCUCAGAAUCAGAUGGCCGGCUUCUCUCGCAUCCACCCACCACCUCAUGGGCCCAUGCACUCACCCAUCGGAGGAAUGUCACAUAAUUUCCCUCAGUCUAACGAGGAUAUUCUGUCCCCCCAGCAGUUACACCUGCUUAGAAAAGGUCACCCUCACCAGCGGCCCUCACAUCCCUCCGACUCAUUUUCCUCUUUAUCCAUGGGGGACGGCCCUGAUCUGAGUGAGGUUAUCCGACCCAGUCACACGGGUAUCCCUGAGUUUGAUCUCUCCCGCAUCAUUCCUUCUGAUAAGCCCAGUAGCACUCUUCAGUAUUUCCCUAAGAGCGAGCCACAUCAGAAUCCACAUCAGGGGCCACAAGCUACUUCACAGCAGCUCCUCAAACAGCUGUCUUCUGGCCCUCCACAUAGCGGCGGUCAUUCAUCCAACCCCCACUUAGCCAACCUACAGAAUAUGAUGGCCGAACAGCAGCUGACGCCUCACCCCUCACAUGGUGGAAUACGCCAAAACAUGGGUAUUCCUCAGGGUGGAUCCAGAGGGAUGGUUCCUGGUGGUGGCAUGGGCCCCAUGUGCCCCCCUGGACAUAUGAUGGGAAGGACAGGCAUGGGGCCCCAGCAGCAGCUCCAGCAACAGCAAGCCAUGAUGGCGAACAGCCUUCUCCACCAUCCUUCCAACCCUUACCCUGGCAUGAUGUCCUCCCAGCAGCACUCGCACAAUCUGAUGGCACAGCAAAACAUUAUGAUGAUGCAGGCUAAGCAGCGAGGCAUGUCACUUCCAGGGGAUCCCUUUGGCCCCCAGGGUCCUCUUAUGUCCCCUCAGGGUCCCAUGAUGGCCCCUAACCACCCACAGGCUGGUAUGAUGGGCCCCCAGUCUCUCAGACAGCGGGGAAUGUCUCUGGACGGUCCCAUUGGCUAUGGCCCUGGAGGUAUGGCCAAUAUGCCAUUCUGAUCCAGUUCAAAUAAACUGUAUAAAAAAGAUAGAUAGAAUCGGAGGAUGAAACCCUCUUUAUUUGUCACAUACAUGCACACAGCAGAGCACACACAGUGAAAUUGGUCCUCUGCAUUAGGAGCAGUGGGCAGCUAUUGUGCAGCGCCCGGCGAGCAGGGAUUGGAGGUGUCCGGUGCCUUGCUCAAGGGCACCACACCAGGGCCUAGGAGCUGAACUGGGACCUCUCCAAGUAGCAGUCCACUUUCCAUAUUUCAAGUCUGUUCGGGGACUUGAACCGGCGACCCUACGAUUCCCAGUCCAAGCCCCUACUGACUGAGCCACUGCUGGACAGACUGAGCCACUGCUGGACUAAAACAACAACGUGUCGACUAGGUCACCUUACCAUUGUGUCGAUUUUUUUUCAUUAAUGUUAUUCUUGAAGUUAUAUCCAAAAGAGGAUCUGUAAAAAUGUUCAAUCAUUUUGGAUUACAACUGAAAUUAAAUAUUUAAAAGCACUGUAACACGAUUCCAUGACAAAUCUGAAGCCAUUUUCUAAAAUACUGUAAAAUAUGUAUAUUUCAAAAAUGUGUGUAUUUGUUGUUGGAACGGAGUGGCGGUCAGGAGAGGAGUGCCUCAAAUUUCUAUUUGUUUUAAUACCAUUGAUUUAUUUUCUCCAACUACCAAACUGUUGUGCAAAGGAACUAUAUAUGUGUAUGCAUAUACAGUAUAUACAGUAUAUCUAUACUGUGUAUACAUGUAUAUACAUAUAAAUAUAUAUAAUAUAUAUAUAUACUUGCUGUAUAUAAGAUGCAAUUUGUGAUUGUUUGCAGUUGUUCUGUAUAACAGUGUUUUAAUAGAAGUCUAAAAAUAGAAUAAUACUGAUCUCUA